UUAAUAGCCAGAUGUCAUGCGAAAACUUGGAUUAUUCAUUUGCAUGACGAUUCUGCAACAAACUCUCGUGCUACUGGAGCAGCCUUCUCCUCUUCUAAUCCCACCUCUCAACGAGCACUGAGGGGACAUGUUAUUGUAUUUCCAGCAAAGCCUGAAGCUCUCUCUCGCUUCUUGCCUCCACCCUUGGGAGAGGUGGUAACUGCAAUGUGUGUCGUCUUUGUGGGUUCCACAAUGCCCACAAAGGAUUGGCUAAUGAAAAAUGCUCGUCCCUUGUUAGUGCGACGUGAGAAAGUGCGACUGGCAUUAGAAUGGUUGACUUCCAACAACCCCUUGUAUGCUGAUGUGAUUUUGCAAAAUUCAUGUUUAAAUGAGCUUCCACUUGAUGAUAUCGCACCCGUGCCCAUUGAGCAGCAUGAGAACACUGUGGCAGGUGAAGCCCAAGGUGCACGUUAUGAUCAUUCACUCAGUGAUGAUCCAAUGCUCAAUGGAUCCAGGCUUGAACAGGACAGCAUUCUACAAAGUGUGGUUGUGACAGACAUUGAUAUGCAAGGGUCAAACACUGCUGAAAUGGCUGCUGCUGCAAUUCGCCAUCUCAAACGUCCAAAUGGUGAGAUUGGGAGCCACAUUCAAGUGGGUCAUUCUUCUGACCCUGUGAACCACUAUUCAGAUCCUCAUUUAUUACCACUAUUGUACCCCACAUUGUUCCCUUAUGGAAUUGGAGGUUUUCAUCUGUCUAGGAGAACUCCCUUGAGCUUAGAGAAAAUGGCUAAGCAC